GCAAUAGGAGGUCGCACUGAGAUCUCACCUUUCCGUUAUGUAAGUCUCACUUUAUUUAAAUUAAUUGUUUAUUUUAAACAAGCUUUAUGAAAGAGCGCAACUUAGCCCAGUUUUUUUUUGUUCCCCCAAUUCAGUAACUGGAACGUCGGCAAGUAGAAGAACUGGACAAGCCAAUUUAGCUUAAAAUGAGUAUGAGUUUAAUUGACACCUUCAUUUACGCAUUUGCGCACGUGUGUUUAUUAAGUUGCAUAGCACAAACUGGUCAAACUCAGCGCCAGGGCAACACUGGAGCAGCAGCUCUCAGACAAACCAUACAAUGGCAGCACAAUGGCAAACUCUUUAGUAUAUUAAGUCAAGGUUCGGAAUAUCAGCCGCCGUUAAAACGAGACGGAAACAAAGAGCAGGCGCAAGCCAGACCGGUAGCCAUCGUCCGCAAUGAUGAUGCAGCAACGAGAACCGACAGCUCAGCGCCUUCACGAGCCUCCCAGAGCCGCGGGUCUGUGCGCGUGCCGUCAGGUACCGGUGCGCGCGGAGGCGCGUCGCGCUGGCUGUCAGGUGACGGAGCGCGCACCAGAGGAGUUCACGGGCGCAGAAACCACACAGACCCGCUGCGGUCAAUCAACGGCACCGACAGACCCGCGGGCGAUGAUGAAGUGAUGGUUGGUGAUGAUCCUUACAACCCCUACAAGUCUACUGACCCGGACAACCCAUAUUAUAAUUAUUACGACACGUAUGAGAGACCUCGUCCCGCACAACGCCCGGGAUAUGGCACUGGAUACUUCCAAAAUGGUUUGCCUGAUCUUGUGGGAGACCCAUACUACAUCCAAGCAUCCACCUACGUGCAGCGAGUCCCGAUGUACAACCUCAGAUGUGCCGCUGAGGAAAACUGCUUGGCAAGCUCUGCAUACAGGUCCAGCGUGAGAGACUACGACAUGCGUAUGUUGCUGAGGUUUCCACAGCGAGUCAAGAACCAAGGGACCUCAGACUUUCUUCCCAGUAGGCCUCGCUACACCUGGGAAUGGCACAGCUGCCAUCAGCACUACCACAGCAUGGACGAGUUCAGUCAUUAUGACCUGCUGGACGCAACCACUCACAGAAGAGUAGCAGAGGGACACAAGGCCAGUUUCUGCCUGGAGGACACGUCCUGUGACUAUGGUUACUACCGACGAUACGCCUGCACCUCCCACACUCAGGGUUUGAGUCCAGGUUGUUAUGACACGUACAAUGCUGACAUUGACUGCCAAUGGAUAGAUAUUACUGAUGUGAAACCAGGAAACUACAUCCUCAAAGUUAGUGUUAAUCCCAGUUACCAGGUGCCGGAGUCGGACUACAGUAACAAUGUUGUGCGAUGUGAUGUACGUUACACCGGAAACUACGCGUAUGUUUCUGGAUGCCAUAUAUCGCAAUAUUAAGUAUGUAGUGAAGGAUCCAAUAGAAAGAUCAACAGACAAGAGGUGAUUUAAGAUGAAAAAAUAGCAAAAACCGAGACAAAGUGAACAGAUGACUGGACUGUUUGAGAGAGCCAAUGAUCAGCAGGGCAUUCUAAUGUUGACUAUACCACACAAUAUGAAAUCCUGAAGCCUAAAUACAGUCUGUAAAUUGCAUUAUUCAUGUUUUUGUUUUUGCUAUGGAAGUUCUAAGCAAAAUGUAGUUAUUAUUGCCAGUUUGCAGGGAUACCACACAUUCCAAAUCAUUCGGCAUCAUUCUCUGUGACUAAAAAAAAUUAUGUUAACAAAAUGAAACCUUCAGAUGUUGAUUCACACUAUAGGGAUUUUUCCUUAAAACAUGCUUUAGUGUGCUAGAGCGUUGCUUUAGUUGUGUAUUCUAAGUAGAUAUUUAUAUACAGAUGCUCAUAUUACUGCAACACAUUUUAUAUAUGAAAUGAAAAUUACUUGAAUAAAUAACUUCACACUCAGCCUUA